CCUCCGCUUUGCGUGUUUUUUCGCUGGGGCUUUUCUUAGAGACGGACUGACGGCGAUGUUUUCAAAAGCAGCACUGAGAGACGUCACACAGCCGUAGGGUUAAUGUUCAGUUUUUACCCUCCGACACACGUUUCUUUUUCUUAAAAUCGUCGAGAAUUCCUCCUCUGCUGGUAGGUGAAUGACGAAGAGGAAGCCGAAGAGCGCUGAGACGGCCCAUGAUGAAAUCUGUGAGCCGUAGCUGCCACAGCUAGUCAGAUGAUGCACCAUGGCCAAACCGGGAUCGGACCGAGAUGGAGUCAUGGUGGAGAAGACAGCGGGGAAGAAGAGUAAAGAGAAAAUCUCUCCAUUUGCCAAAACUCCGAAGCUGGAUCGGAGUGAAAUCCUGGGGAAAGAGGGAAAGUCAAAGUCUUCCAUGAAACGGAAGCUCUCCUUCACCGUCAGUCCACCCCGGAACGAGGAGCGGGACUCCGACACGGAUGACUCUGACCCCGGGCAGUCGAGCGAUGCGUGGGGAGAAAGAUUACUUCCUCCCUGCAGGAUAUACGCAGACAAAGAUGGUCCGGAUAAGAAGAAAGUUAAGAAGGAGUCGGGGGCUAAGAAGUCGACCCCUGUGAACAUUUUGUUCGGCUACCCUUUAUCAGAACGAAAGCAGAUGGCACUUGUCAUGCAGAUGACGGCGAGAGACAACAGUCCAGAUUCCACACCGAGCCACCCCUCUCAAUCUCCAGCGGUGCAGAAGAAGAUCGCUAGCAGCUCGUCCUCACGACAGAAGGACAAAGUGAACAAACGGAACGAGAGAGGAGAGACACCCCUGCAUAUGGCCGCCAUCAGAGGAGAUGUCAAGCAGGUGAAGGAACUCAUUGGGCUCGGAGCGGAUGUGAACGUCAAAGAUUUUGCAGGUUGGACGCCUCUCCAUGAAGCUUGUAACCUUGGUUACUAUGAUGUGGCGAAGGUUCUGAUUGGUGCAGGAGCGGAAGUGAACACGCAGGGAUUGGACAAUGACACUCCGCUUCAUGACGCCUCCAGCAGCGGACACAAAGAUAUUGUGAAGCUACUCUUGCGUCAUGGAGGCGAUGCCUUCCAGGCCAACAAGAGAGGGGAGAGACCGGUUGAUGUUGCUGACUCUCAGGAGCUUGAGCAGUUACUCAAGGGAGAGAUCCCACUCUCUGAAGCAGAAGAGAGCUCUUCAGAAUCAGAGGACCCACCUUCAGUAAAUCCAUCCAGUGUAGACGAGAACAUGGAGUACUCCGAUGCUGAAAAAGACUCUGACAGUAAAUCGACCACAGUGAAGGCCUCAUCAUCCAUGUCAGGGCUGGAUGAAUAUGAAUUUAAGGAUGAGGAAGAGGAGGAGGAUCUCAGUAAGGCACUUAAUGACCGACACAUCCUACGGCGAGAGCUACGGCAAAAGGAGAAGGAGGAGAAGGAGAGGAACCACUAUGCUUCCAAACAAGGCAGCAAAAGCGACCAGUCGACGCCAACGUGCAAGUCUAAAAAAACAAAGGCGUCACGUAUCUACUGCAGUUCAGAUAGUUCAAGCGAUGAAGCCGAGGUGCCAACAGAAAGAAGGAACUCUCCCACCAGGUCGGUCAGUGUGGAUGGUCACAAAACGGAUGGUAGAUCGAAGAAAGAAAGCUUGACUCUCACGCCAGUGGAACAGAAAGAAAAAGGUAAACAGAAGAAAAAGAACAAGAGCCAAAGCAAAAACAAGGAGAACCAGGAAGUCCGAGAAGAAGGGAAGGAGAACAGCAAGUCCCUUCUGUUUUCCUCGGCCACUGUGUCCGACAAUUCUGACAAGAGCGUCAGGGAAGAGGACUCGUUCAAAAUGUCAUUCAGUACAAAGGAUGACACAUCGGUCCACCUCUUUCACCUGUCUGUAGUCAAGUCUCCAAAGCUGAACCACAGCCAAACUGACAAGCAGACAACUCCAUUGAAACAGGAAAACGCUAAGACUUGUGUUUCUAUCGCUGAUGGAUCCUGUCCAGGGGACGGCGUCAAAUACAACCACUACACGGAGUCUGACUUCUGCACGGAAGGUUCUAGCAGCAAGAGCUGCAAGCACAAGGAAAAGAGCAAACAUCACCACAAAGAGCUUAACUUGGACGGAGAUGAUGGCAGUUGCAGUCCUUUCAAAGACAGUAGUCUAAGCAACAGUAUGGACAGUUCUGAGGCUGUCUUCAGGAAGACUGACAAAGAUGGGAAAGUUGUAAAAAAGCACAAGCUGAAACACAAGGAGAAGGAAAAGUAUAGGAAAGAGUAUGAGGCAGAGAGGAAUCGCCACCGGCAAAAAGAGCCACGCAAGGACGGACAUAGGAACAUGGAGUUUGAUCGGGAGUUUUGGAAGGAGAACUUCUUCAAAAGUGAUGAAAAUGAAGAACUCACAGGCAAAUGUGAGAUGCCCGCUGGUGGAUCUCCUCCGAAAUCCUCAGACUCAUCUCCUGUUAAAGAGGAAAGAGGGGCGUCAAAAGACAAACAUUUAAGCAGCAAUAAGGACAGAAGGCCAAAAGAGGAACGAGAAAAGGACAAGUCUAUUAAAAAAGAGAAAAAAGAGGUGCCCCUUAAAGAGGAGCGGGGAAAGGAUGGAAAAGGAGAUGAAGUUGAUGAACGGAGUGAGGGUCUUGGCCUUGGCCGAGUUCCUGACAGCUCACUGCACAGUUCAGGAGUGAAAGAAGAAGUAGAUGAUAAACCAGUCACUGGCAGUUCAGCUGACCAAGAUCAACUGGAGUCUCCAGAGAAGACCUCUCGAGAGAAAAAUGAUAAGCGACCACCAACAAAGGAUCGGGAGUCUGAAAAGUCUGAUAAGAAACACGCAGAUAAAGAUAAGAAAGUAAAAUCUGAGCAUUUAGCUGACAAGACUGAACCUCACAACUCUACAGAUCGAUGGAAAGAAAAGGAGAAAUUAACAAAUAUUUCACAUUCACCCAAUGAUAAGAGCCAUAAAGAGGGUGACAAGCUCAAAGCAAUGUCUUUAAUGAAAAAGCAUGAAGAGAACAAGAAGAAUAAGGACAAGCUUGACAAAAGAGCUGAGAAAGAGCACUCUGGUGACCACAGAGACAAAGAUAAAACGAGUUCUGAAAAGAAAGGCAAAGCCCCUGAGAAAACCACUGAUCAUGGAAAAUCUGACCGCAGUAAAGAAAAAGAACGGGACAAAGAUUCUGACAAGAGGAAAAAAGAGAAAUCAAAAGAGACCACCCCCUCUUCCUCCUCCUACUCCAAUCUAAAGUUGUUAUUGGAAGAGAAGAAAGGCCAUGUUUGUGAGAAUAACAAGGUUGUUUCGUCUAAGUCAAAAGAAGAGGCAACCAAGCCUCCAGAGAAAGACCGGGAUAGAAGAGAGCGGGACCGAGAGUCUGAAAGGCAUCGAGACCGUGAGCGGGACCGACACAAGGAAAAGGACAAAGAUCGAUCCCAGCUGAACAGGGAUGGCAAAAUUAGCAAGCCGAAACCAAGCGAAGUGGACUCCAAAUCUAAGGUUGCGCCUACUCUAAAGGAUACUCGUCCCAAAGAAAAGAGGUUGGUGAACGACGACCUCAUGAAGACCAGCUUUGAACGCAUGCUCAGUCUCAAGGACCAGGAAAUUGAACAGUGGCACAGGAAGCACCUGGAGAAAAUCAAGCAAAAGGAACGUGAGCGGCUAAAGCAGCGUCCAGGAAUUGACCCUGGGAAACAGAAAAGCAAGGAAAAAACUAAAACAUCCUCCUCGUCCAGUGAGCCUUGUCUAACCAAGGAACUGACUCGGUCAAAGAGCUCAGAAGCACCAGAUGGGCACCGUGAGAAAGUCUUAAAAGAUGCCACCAGUGGAAGAACGCUCUCGCUGGAUACAAAAACCCUCGGGAAGAAUGGGCCAGUCAUAGAAAAUAAUCUCAGUCCAUCUCCAAGACCAGAGAGUGAAAAAUCUGGCAUUAUGUCAAGAUCAGUAUCCAUGAUCUCUGUGGCAAGUUCAGAAGAUUCCUGUCAUGCAACCAUACUGACACCUAGACCAACUGAAUAUGAUUCUGACAUGAACAUGGACGCUUCAGAUUCCCUGCCACCUUUCCAGCAGUCUUCCCUCGUUGUACAGUCCUCCAGAUCACCUAAUGUUCAUGAUAAAGAUACCAGCAGUCUUCCCGAAGCGGCUCUCUGCAAUAGAACACCAUUAUCAAGUAGACAUGCGUCCCCAUGCUUAAGGGCUAUUCUGGAUGAAGAAGCCAAGGUGCCACCAGCUGAAACUAGACUGACAGAAGAGUCUCAGAUAAUCAGUAUUGCGUCACAGCCAAGCAGUGAGCAAGCUGCGGUUCUUACAACCGAGAUUAGCUUGCUACCUGUGCAGGAGAAUAGGAGCAGUCAAAGUCUUACUAGUGCUCUUCCAGAAAGCGAAAAUCUGACUAGCAAUGAAGGUGAAGGCGUCACUCCUGUUUCUCAAGUUCAGCCUUCAUCACACUUGCGAGAGUCUUGUGCUAAAAACCUAAGUAGCCUCACACAGGCUAACAGUGUGUUUCAGACCCAUUUGCAAGAGCAGAGCAGUUCUUGCAACACUAGUAGUCAAGUAGAGCAUGCAAGUCUUGGUCAGCUUGAUGUCCCUGGUGCCGGAAUGACGGAGGGAUCAAACAAGGAGUCAUCACUAGUUGUUACAUCACAAGUUGCAUCAUUUCAGUCUUCUCACACACAAAAUUCAUCUGACACCAGUGCACCUUUGAAUUCUAGUAGCCAGCAGUGGGAAACUGGCCCUGUUUCCAAUUGCGAACAGACAUUGACCGCAGACUCGAGGCCAGAGCAAAGAGAGAAACCCUUGGUUGUUUCUGAGAACAAAGUGGAAAAGAGUGGGGAAAACGUCAGCAAAACAGAUUGCACUCCAAGUACAUCUAUUGGUUCAUGUAGACCAAGCUCUGAAGAAACUACUAAACCACUGCUGAAAACAACCAGUGUCCAAGAGGAUUCAGAAAAGGGUGAUGCAAGAGUGCAAGAUGAAAGUACCUCAAGCUUCUCCAGUGAGCCAUUGGUUACAGUUGAUGCUCAACCAGAGAAACACGAGCAAGGCAUUCAUGCAGCUUCAGCCACAACUGUGUCUCGCUGUGCCAGUCCAGAAAGGAUCCCUGAGGAGCCCAUGGAGGUGUCUGAAGAUGUUUUGGACAAGAACCGAAUCUCAGAAACGGAUGGGGCAAAAGUCUUCUCCUCAGAUGAAGGUGCAACAACUCAAGCCUUGUCUGAAAGCAAAGCUGACAUAGAGGCAUCAGACCAGCUUUCUAUUGAGGAGAAGCCUAUGAAAUCAGACCUUCAGGAUAAUGAAGAACAGGGUCAAAGCAGUGCUGCUGUUCAACCUGAUUAUCAAGCAGAGCCUCCCAGUGGUGCAACCUCAGGAAGUUCCUCCCCGAUGUCAGUCGCGGAGAGAGAUUCCGAUUCAUCUGGGGCCAGAGCCAAAGUCCGACUCCUUGAAGAAGAAGCUGAUAUUCAGGUGACCCAUCCAAGGAAAAGAAAGAUGCCUAGGGUUUCUCCACCGGCCCAAGUGAACCUUACAGCUCAGCAGGUCAAAGAAAAGACGCAACAGUCUUUAGCUGCAAUUGUAGAUGCACUUAAGCUUGAAGAGAUCCAGCCUUACCAGACUGAGAGAGCAAACCCUUAUUAUGAAUACUUACACAUUCGCAAGAAGAUCGAGGAGAAGAGGAAAGUACUUUGUAGUGUCAUUCCUCAAGCACCUCAGUACUACGAUGAAUAUGUGACAUUCAAUGGGUCCUAUCUGCUGGAUGGAAACCCUCUCAGCAAGCUCUGCAUCCCAACGAUAACGCCACCUCCCUCACUACCUGAACCACUGAAGGAGAUGUUCAAACAGCAAGAGGUGGUACGGAUGAAGCUAAGACUGCAGCACAGCAUCGAAAGGGAAAAGCUGAUUGUAUCCAAUGAGCAGGAGGUUUUGAGAGUUCAUUACCGUGCUGCAAGAACACUAGCCAAUCAGACGCUUCCAUUCAGUGCCUGCACAGUCCUAUUGGAUGCUGAAGUAUACAACAUGCCCCAGGACGUCCAGAGUGACGAUGGGAAGACCUCUGUUAGAGAUCGUUUCAAUGCGAGGCAAUUUAUGUCUUGGCUUCAGGAUGUAGAUGACAAGUUUGACAAGUUGAAGACUUGUCUCUUGAUGCGUCAGCAGCAUGAAGCAGCAGCGUUAAACGCCGUUCAGCGUCUGGAGUGGCAGCUGAAGCUGCAGGAGUUGGAUCCCGCCACUUACAAGUCUACCAGCAUUUUCGAGAUUCCCGAAUUCUACAUCCCCCUCGUGGAGGUCAACGAUGACUUCGACUUGACGCCGAUAUGACCCGCCGAUGAGAUAGAGAGACGACGAUUUAGUAGCUGUCGGACCACGAGCGUAGGACGAAAACACAAAGCAUCUGACUUGGAGGUGUGCGUGCGUAUGUAUGUUGUGUGUUUGUGUGUCACGGUGCACAUGUCGUUGACCGGACGCUUUCUAAUAAAAGUUGUAAAAAGAAAAAGCGCUGCACUUCCAGGCUAGCUGUCAUCACCGGUUCAGUCUGUUCGCUGUUCUAGUUCUGGUUCCCGGUCCAAACGCACUUCACCAUAUGGGCGCCAGAUCGGCUCUGAUAGACUGCAGGCCUAAUCUAAAACGCACUUAACCCUGAGGUCCACCAUCCGGAACGGUAGACCACGGGUCGACAGAAGAGCAUCGGAAAAAAACAGCCUCCGGAGGGUGAAGACCACCAUCGGAAAGCGUGCGAGAGAGGUUUUCCUCCUCCGUUAAGAAAGAGAUCUCAAUCCAACAUGUUUCUACAGUGAGUGUUCAUAGAUUAUGUAUAGAUUGUGCUCCUCAUUUUUUAACUUAUUUUAUACAUACUGAUUGUGCAUUUGUAAAUAGCCAUGUAAUUAUUGUUUUUAACUUGUAAAAAAUGAAAGAAAACUGAGAGGACGGAAAAGUUUAAGUAAUAAAUAUUUUGAUUGUAAA